AUGGGUUCUAGUGGUAGUCCCGCCGACUGGAUCUCCACCCUGGUCAAGACCCGGCACCAGCGCGGCAUACUGCACCGCGUACUCCCUCUCGAGGAUCUCUCGAGACGCGUCUCAUUGAUCACCACUCGCUUCAACAAUGGUGCCGUUCACAAUUGUCCCGACAUGUAUCGCAAUCUUGUCAAGUCUUACUAUCUCGACGGAGAUACUCCUCCAACCAUCCCUAUCAUUCCCGGCGCCAUCGCCUUCUUUGCCAACCCCAACCCCCCUCACGAACCUGCUCCACUUUCGACACCCAAGUAUGAGUGCACGAAGAGAAAGUUGUGGCAUGCCCUGGACGUGGAGGUAGAGGAUGAAACCUGUAUCGUCCCUUUGGCCGCCUACGUGCCGUACAAAGACCAGAGUUAUGGGCGUACCCGAAGCGUUCUCAGCCGCGUCGACCCUCUUCCUUUCUGGGUCGUUCCGCGUGCUGGUGGUCUGGGCAUUCCAGUGGAGACGAGAGACCGUUUAGACCUGCAUCACGGCGAUGUGGUCUUUAGGAAUAUCGAUGGGAAUCCGAGGACCACCGUAUCUGUGAGGUUCACCUGGCCCGGAUAUGAGGCUGUCGACAAGCAAAUCCGGGUGGAUAGCAAAGGGGACGAUUCCGGCACUUACAAUCGAGUGCUGGAUGGUGUCCUUCGCGUCAUUCGGAAUUUCGUUUCUGAAAAUACGGAAACACCCUGCGAGGAUCCACUUUGGGCGGUUGGCAACUCAUUUGGUCAGAUCUCUGCUAAGAAUCUGGUUCUCCUGGCCAUAGUCGUCGUGUCAAGGGGCGCGAUUACGCCCAUUGUCCAACUGUGCGAUAGUUUGGCACCGAUAGGCCCGUCUCUACCCGAGGCAGUCGAUGUUCCCGAGCCGCUGGACGAGGCAUUCGAGACGCCCCCGACAUCUUCGGUGAUUUCACCGCCCGAAGCAUCUUCAUCGUUCACCAUGCCAUCGAUGUUGAUACCUUCAUCGGAAUUCCCGUCCACAGACACGAACCUCUUCUCCUUCGAUCCAGCCACAUAUGCAGAGUACUCGCAACCACCAUCGUUUCAAACGCCUCAAACCGUGGAUCCUGGUCACGGUCACAAUUGCAACGCGGCCUUGGACACCUUUGAUACUGCGACGCCAAUCUUGGCCCCAAGCGCUUCCACCAAGGGGUAUAGCGAUGACCAUAUGCUUGACCUCGUAUAUGACGGUCAUCCGAAUGAAGAAGACUUCGCCUACAUGGACCAGCUGAAUAAUCCCAUGGCUUACAGCGAAGAUUGGACCUGCUUUUGA